AUGGCCAAGCCUCUUCCCAUUGAAGGACAUUUGGAGACACCUCCAAUUGAACACGAGUAUAUAAAAGCCCUAAUUGCGGAACUGGAAGGAGGCAAGAAAAUGUGCGCAAACUGCAGACAUACCGGUUGUUGGAUAUUUCUGGGAGUGCUCUAUCUAAUUGCCGCUGCUGCUGAUGGACAGACGGUGUGCGCGCCCAGGGCUUCUGGUUCCGCUCCUCCAGUCUUCGACCUUCGCACACUGUCUAUGUCCACACCAGAAGUCCAACAGAUGAUCAAUGAAACGGGCUCUCAAAUCACCGACCACGAUCUAGCUGCCUUUGUCAAAGGAAAGAAUGAAUCUGGUCCGAGAAUAACCUGUCAAGGCUUGUACGAAUUUAUCUCCACCUUCCAUGCACCUGCAGCAAGUGACGAUCCCACCCACGGAAUUGAGGCACACUCUGGAGCAUUUUCGGUGAAACCGAUGGUAUGGAUCGCCUCAGUCGUUGCUGUGGUGAUAAUCAGUGCUGUGGGACUGCUUGGCGUGGCAGUGGUGCCAUUAGUCAACAAGAGUUACUACAAUAAUGUCAUUCAAUUUCUUGUGGCAUUGGCAGUUGGAUGUCUAACCGGUGAUGCAUUUCUACACCUUUUACCUCAUGCAAUAUCAGGUAGUCAUGGACAUUCCCACGAUGAAGGAGGAGGCGAAGAAGCUGCCGAAGAGCGUAUUGCCGUUCUAAAAGGCCUACUGGGGUUAGGUGGUAUCUACUUUUUCUUCCUUGCCGAGAAAUUGGUCGGUACCAUUUCGGAGUACCGCACGGAGAAGGCGGCUGAAAAGGAGGAGCGUGAAAGAAUUUUAAAAAAUCCUCGAAGAUCCUCCGGAGGUAUUCGUCGCCUUAGCACCUUCCGUGAAUCCAUCUCGGUGAACUCCUCCUUUCGUCGGGGUUCACGCCUUCCACCAACUCCUGAGAUUGGCAAUAUUCGAAGAACUUCACGGGCGCCCUCCAUAAUUGCCGAUGACAUUCUCACCACUGGUCUAACUGCCAAAGCCAUGAAGACGGUGGAUGUGUUGAACGCCUACAUCGAGGAAGGCGAGGCUGAGGAUGAAGAGGAGGAGCAACGCAGCAAGACAUCAAGUGGACCGACCCUCCAAGUGCCAGGACUCAAACCUAUGCCAGAAAUCAAGGUCAUCAGUGACUCUAAGGGGGACAUGGAGGACGCACAUAAGCCAGGUCACGGACACGGUCAUUCACAUGAUCCAAUCGCGGACGACAGUACAAUCACAACAAAGGAGAUAACUAUGGGUGCUCAUGGUCACUCACAUAAUCUUUCUACGUCAAUGGCAUCAGUGGCAUGGAUGGUGAUCAUGGGUGAUGGCUUGCAUAACUUCACAGAUGGAAUGGCAAUCGGUGUUGCCUUUGCCGAUAGUAUCGCUGGUGGCAUUAGUACAACUGUCGCUGUCUUCUGCCAUGAACUACCUCAUGAACUCGGUGAUUUCGCGGUUCUUCUAAAAACUGGCAUGGGAAUAAAAGAGGCGCUCUUCUUCAACGUGGUCUCCUCUAUCCUCUGUCUAAUCGGCAUGCUAGUGGGAAUCGGAGUGGGCAAUGUGGAGGCGGCCUCUGCGUGGAUAUUUGCCUUUACCGCUGGCACCUUUGUCUAUAUUGCUCUCGUCGAUAUGCUGCCGGAGUUGAAUUCAUUCCAAGUAAAACCGGGACAAAGUCGGAUUGUGCAGAUGAUAAUACAAAACGCCGGAUUAAUUACAGGUGCUGGCAUCAUGCUCAUUAUUGCCAUGUUCGAGGAGCAACUUCUGCAUCUGGUUGGUUAG